AUGGCCCAGUCACCGUCUGCCGCGAAAAGCCCGGAGAUGAUUGAGAGAGAGCUCGAGGUUCUCGAGUACCAGCUAAAUGGCCUCCCAGCUAGUCGCCCCCAAGCCCGCACAGUCUUCAGCUUCGCAACGCCUCUCGACCUCGCCAUCAUCGGCAUUAGUGCUUUCGCAGCCAUUGUCGCUGGAGGUCUCAAUCCGCUCUUGACGGCAAGUGCAUCGCUUAUCUUUUGCCCUUUACUGAUGGUGCUAUAUGGUCAACUCGUAUCGUCGUUUGAUCGGUUUCAAAAUGGCAAAAUUUCUGGCGCCACGCUUCAAUCGGAUAUUUCGCGAUUCACGCUGUAUUAUGUGUACCUCGCAAUCGGGCUGUUCGUGUCGGUGUACAUUACGACGGUUGGCUUCUAUUACACCGGCGAGCGCAUCACUCGGACCCUACGAAGAACGUAUCUACGGUCCAUCAUCAGUCAAAAUAUGGCCUUCUUCGAUACCCUGGGCGCCGGGGAAUUGACCACACGCAUCACGUCCGACAUCACCCAGAUCCAGGAAGCCAUCACCGGCAAUCUCUCGGUCAGCCUGACAGCCGCCGCCACCUUCAUUUCCGCGUACGUGAUCGCCUUCGUGGAGAAUUGGAAGUUGGCGCUGAUCCUCACGUCUACCGUCAUUGUGCUGACCGUGACCGGCGCGGUUGGGGUUGCUUUUCCGGUCAAAUGGACUAAGCAGUCGCAGGCGUUGGAGAGCAGUGGUGCCACAUUGGCGGAGGAAGCCAUCAGCUCCAUCGAACACGUUACCGCAUUCGGUAUCCAGCAAAAGCUGAUUCAGAGAUACGAGGACCAUCUGAAACCCGCCGAGCGGCCGGGCCUCAAGGCAGGAACUGUUACGGCGCUGGUGAUCGGCAUGGUGAACGCCGUCCCUUACCUCAGCUAUGGCCUCGCCUUUUGGGAGGGAUCGCGGCUGCUAGUCCGGGGCGAAAUCAGCAUCUCGGGCGUCACCACGUCCACCCUCGCCAUUGUGAUAGGAGCUUGGGCUGUUGGACGCGUUGCCCCCAAUGCUAAAACAUUCAUCUCCAGCAUCGCUGCAGCCGCCGCCAUCUUGGAAGCCAUUGCACGCCAAUCCCCCCAGGAUCCCUUCUCAGAUGGUGGAGAACGUCCGGAACAUGGCGGUCUUGACAUCAGCUUUCGCGACGUCCAGCUUAUCUAUCCAUCUCGCCGCGAGGUCACGGUUCUCCACCAGCUAAACCUGGUCAUUCCUGCGUCCAAGACGACCGCGCUGGUGGGAGCAUCCGGAUGUGGGAAAAGUAGCAUCAUUGGGCUGCUCGAAAGAUUCUAUGCCCCGACAAAAGGGGAUAUAUUGCUUGGCGAUUACAAUAUCCAGUCCCUCAGCUUGAACUGGCUGCGCAGUCAGAUGUCCCUGGUCGGGCAAGAGCCAACACUCUUCAACACAACAAUUUUUGAAAAUAUCGUUUACGGGCUCGCGGGACAGGAGUCGUCGCUGACAGCACAGCAACUGCAAGGCCUUGUGGAAGAAGCCGCAAUCAAAGCUAACGCCCACGAAUUCAUUUCGGGCUUGCCGCGAGGCUACCAAACUGAGGUCGGAGAGAAAGGUACUCAGCUAUCCGGGGGCCAAAAACAACGCAUUUGCAUUGCCCGUGCAAUCAUCAAGAAUCCCCAAAUUCUACUGCUUGACGAGGCGACCUCGGCCCUCGAUGUGCGUGCCGAGCGAUCGGUGCAAAAGGCCUUGGCUGCUGCUUCACAGGGUCGAACAACGAUCGUCAUCGCGCACAGGUUAUCCACAAUCCGCGAUGCGGACAAUAUAGUCGUCAUGGCGGAUGGACACAUCGUCGAACAAGGGACGCACAACGAGUUGAUUUCCAGAAAUGGCCACUACGCCGAGCUGGUGCGUAAACAACAAAUUUCGAGCGAAUCGGGUCCAGGAGCGGAGGACGCCAACUAUCUCAGCAGCCAGGAAAAGCAUACCGAGAUACUGUUGGAUAAGAAAUCAAUCAUGGACCAUCAAAAUUCGUUCAGGCCCAAGAUUGAAGAGGAGCCAUCUCUUCCCCACCCCCAAAACGUCUCCAGCUCGAUACCUUCAGAGUCUGCUCAAUCGAAAGACACCGCAUCUUCCUGGGGCGGUUUGACCAAUACUAUGAAACUAAUUGGCAAGUUAAGUCGACCAGAAUCGGUUCUUACUCUUCUUGCAACCAUACUGGCCGUUGUGGCUGGCUUAAGUGUCCCUGCUCAGUCGAUCAUCUUUGCCAAAUUAGUUGACGCACUCUCCUUAACCUCUGCACACCACUUGCGAGAACGGAUCAAUUUCUGGUCACUGAUGUACUUGGCCAUGGGACUGGGGAUUUUAGUCGUCUGGCUUUGCCACGGUAUCAUCUUCGCCUAUGCGACAGAGAAAAUGGUUCACCGUGCACGCAGGCAGUGUUUUAGCCAUAUCCUCCGACAGGAAAUAGGAUUCUUCCUCAUGGAGCAAAACUCGACUGGGGCUCUGACAUCGCUUUUGUCUUCGGCCCCAACUGACCUGAAAGGACUGAGCGGACCAGUAUUAGGUGCAAUCCUGACAUUCCUCGCUACGAUCGUGGGAGGUAUCGUGCUUUCUUUGAUCGUCGGAUGGAAAUUAGCUCUGGUUUGCACAGCCACCAUUCCACUGGUCGCCGGCUUUGGCUGGGUCCGGUUGGCCAUGUUGAGCUUGUUUGCAGAGAAGAUGAAGAAGACACAUCAGGACUCUGCGGCGUACGCCAGCGAGGCCGUUUCGGCCAUUCGAACCGUGGCUUGCCUCACCAUGGAGACUCGAGUGCUACAGCACUAUGACUCCAUCAUCUUCAGCAAAUCCAGGGAGUCGAUUCGCUCCAUCUUGCAAGCUUCAGCCUUCUACGCUUUGUCCCAGUCUAUUACGUUGCUGUGCGCAGCUCUAGCCUUCUGGUAUGGAGGCACUUUACUUUCGAAACACGAAUACACUGUCGUGCAAUUCUUCAUCUGCUUUGCGGCAUUGAUAUCCGGCGCGCAGACCGCCGGUGUUAUCUUCUCCUAUGCGCCUGGCAUGAGCAAGGCCAUGAAUGCCGCCCGAGACCUUCGAUCCCUCUUCGACCGCCGUCCGAGCAUUGACAGUUGGGACACGUCCGGGAAGACAUUUAACAAGGAGACCUGCGCCGGUCAGAUUGAAUUCCGGAACGUCAGCUUCAGCUAUCCCUCACGACCGGACCGCGUCGUCGUUGAUGACUUCAGCCUGACAGUCCGGCCAGGCCAGUUCAUUGCCCUAGUCGGGGCGAGCGGGUGCGGAAAGAGCACCCUAAUCGCCUUGCUCGAACGCUUCUUCGACCCAGUGUCGGGCCAGGUCAUUGUCGAUGGCUGGGACAUCUCUACACUCGAUGUGGCCAGCUACCGCAGCGCGAUCUCGCUGGUCGGCCAGGAACCGAUGCUUUUCUCCGGUACCAUCCGAGAGAAUUUGUUGCUGGGAACGAUGGACUCCAUCUCGGAGGAGGAGAUGGUGCAAGCCUGUAGAGACGCGAACAUUUACGACGUCAUCGUAUCACUACCCAACGCCUUCGCCACAGAGUUGGGGUCCAAGGGCGUCAUGCUCAGCGGGGGUCAAAAACAGCGCUUGGCGAUUGCACGCGCUCUCCUCCGUAAUACCAAAAUCCUGCUCCUGGACGAGGCAACUGCUGCACUGGAUUCCCGGUCCGAAACAAUGGUACAGGAAGCGUUGAAUAAAGCUUCGGAGAAGAGGACUACGAUCGCUGUCGCGCACCGGCUGAGCACGAUCCAGCAUGCGGACGUGAUCUGCGUUUUAGAGGCGGGAAGAUUAGCUGAGAUUGGCAAUCACCGAGAGUUGAUGAAGAAGGGAGGUGUAUACGCUGGGCUGGUGAAGAUGCAGAAUCAAGGAACUGCUGCACCACUAGCUCUAUAGUUGCCUGACGAUCGUUGGAUUCGAAGGGUUUAGAAUGCCUUUCCAUCAUUAAUACAAUGCAGGUUGCAGUUGUAGUGGUCCAAAUUUGGUAUGCGAUGGUUAUGGUGUUCUCAUGUUAUGUCGCGCGUAGCGCAGAAAAUGUAUUCCCGCUAGUUAUAAACGGGCAGGAGAUAGUUAAGGCAAAUAUGGCCUGCCUUGAAACAUUUGUUCUUUCUCUGGGUUAAAGUGAUCAUUUUAUGCAUUCUCGAAACUUGUUCCGUCCGAUCUCAUCCUCCUAUCCGUAUACUAGUCUGUACCGUUUGAGCGCGCAGCGACACCUUUCUCUACCAGACGCCCACAAAACAUAGUAUGUCCAGCCCUCAGUCCUUGGCUGGCCGGUUGGCGUUGAUGUCGUUCAGAAUCGCCUCUGCCCCUCCCGCGACCAGUCUUGCCGCCAGUUCUUGGCCGAGUGCGUUGGCUUCGUCGGCAGUCUUGACUUUCGCAUCAACGGUAUCCUGGACGCUCUGGGAGCCAUCCAGACUGACGACGAUGGCACUCACCCGCAACUUGUCCGGUUGAAUCCAUUCAGUCUCAACUCCGAUGGGGACACUGCAACCGCCUUCUAGCGUUCUCAUCAGGGACCGCUCAGCGAGACAAGCAAGAGUGGACUCGUGAUCGGCUAGCUGGUCAAGCAAUGCGCGCAUCUUCGCGUCUCCUUUGCGAAUCUCCAAGCCUAGGGCGCCCUGGCCGACGGCAUGGAAAAUGCCCCCAUCCUUCGAGUGGAGGUACUGGUUGAUGCGGUAUUUGAGACCCAAGCGCUCGAGCCCGGCCGCUGACAUGACCAUGCACGUAUACUCACUAUCCGGAUCGUCUACUUUUGCGAGACGAGUGUCCACAUUACCGCGUAAAUUGGCAAAGCGAAGAUGGGGGCACAGCCGGCGGAGCUGGGCCGAUCGUCGAACCGACGAAGUGCCU